AUGGUCAAUACGCAUCCACUCUACGCACGACGGUUCACUAAAAUUCACAAAAUCAUUCAGGUGGCUGAAUCAUGGAUAGUUUGGAUCAUUUCUGCUGUUGCUUCGACGUACUUUCUUUCUAUGGCUUGCAAAAACCAGAAGCGGCUUCUGAAGCACCAGAUUGUUAUGAAGCGAGGUUCUGCAGUGGAUAGAGAAAUCAGUCAAAAAUACGCCAAUGACAAGAAAAUGAGCACUAAGGAAAAAGAGGUAAUACACAUCAAUACAUUAAUAUUUUUCUUUUCAUUAAGGUGUUGGAGUGCUUUUAUGCUUUGCGCCUAA